AUGCCUUGGAAAAGAUGUUUGUACAUGAAGCAGAACUAUCCGCCAAAUUACAUGGAAAUAAGCCAUCAACGCAAGCGGAGGUGCUCAUCAGAGACAUAUGAAGACAUAAAUCGAAUGAUGAUUAGGGUUUCAAUUGUUGUAUUGGGAUUUUCAUUAUUCAGGUUUAUGGCACUCGAUGAAACUGCAGAUAUGCCAAAAGCAUCAUGGUUCUCAUUCAUAUCGGCAUUCACAGGCAGUUUUCUCGAAAACAGAAGGAAGACAGGAAUAAAUCUGAAGCCAAGCUUUAUGAUGCUAAUGCUUGUGUACCUGAUGUCUCCACUCAUCCACAGCCUGGCUGUUGAGAUUAAUCCAGUGGUGCUUUACUUUUACUUUGCAAUAACACAGAUAUUGUUCAUUGUGGAUUCUGUGUCUUCUUCAAUAUACAAUUCUUCGUCGUCUAUUGAAAUAAAAGAUGAGCAAACGCCUCUGUUGCUGGAAGAAAGCAUCAACAUCCCCAAAAAAAUAUCAAGUAAUCAGGCUCUUGGGCUGACAUCGUACUUUCUGGGGUUUAUUCUUCUUUCAUCAAGACUCAAAAGCCCGUCUUCUGUAUUUAACUUCUUGUGUUUAACAUUCAUAGGUUAUGUAAUAUUCCCGAAUUAUAUUGAAAGGGCAAGUAUACACAAAAGCUCAAAUAUGAUCGUAUUGAUAUACAUCGCUGUGUCCAUGAUAUCCGUGUUACCAUCCGUCCCAUUGUUCUGCCUGUAUAGUUGCAUAAUAACCUUUAUGUAUACUAUUUCUCAUGUAUCAAUAUGGUUUUUUGAAAAGGAACUCAAUACAAAAAUAAGGUUUACCGUUUUAAACACUCUAUGUAAGUAA